AUGCCGGGAGUUGAAGUUUCCAGUUGGGAUAACAACUUCAGCGCAGCGCCGGCCGAUCCGGCGGACUCUCGGCAUUGCCCGUCCCCCGCUGGCUCCGUGGCCUGCCGCCCUUUGUCUCCCCCUGGCUUCACGGCCGCCGAGCAGCUUCCGGUUCCCGGCAGCGGCCAUUGGGUAGAUUUCACGGUGGUUGCCAUUCUGCAGGAGCUGGGCUGUGCUGUUAUCGACGCGGAUGUCAUCGCCCGACAAGUGGUCCAGCCAGGCCUCCUGGCCUACCAGCGUAUCGUGGGUGCCUUUGGUCCUGAAAUCCUCGCGGAGAGUGGCGAAAUCAAUCGGGAAGCUCUGGGGAGCAUAGUUUUCUCCCAGCCAGAGAAACGCCGGCUGCUGAAUUCCAUCACUCACCCUGAGAUCCAGAAGGAGAUGUUAAAACAAAUCUUGAAAUACUUUGUGCUUGGCUACCGGUAUGUGGUCCUGGACAUCCCCCUGCUUUUUGAAACCGGCACGCUGACCAGGUUCAUGAAACACACUGUCCUCGUGUACUGCGACCCGCCAACCCAGUUGUCUCGCCUGAUGCGCAGGAACGGGCUGACCCGCGAGGACGCAGAGGCACGGAUCGCCGCCCAGCUGCCCCUUGACCAGAAAGUCAAGAUGGCCGACCACGUCAUCGACAACUCGGGCAGCGAGGACGCCACCAAGAGGCAGGUCCUGAAACUGCACUCCUCGCUGGAGGACUCUUUGGAUUUCAUUUGGGUGCGCUUUGUGGCCGUCACGGCCGUGGUGGGGGUCGGCGGCCUCGUAUACCUCCUUCUGCGGAGGCUUGUGUCUUAAUCUGCCAGGGGAGGGGUGUCUUCGGAACGUGUAGCUAAAGCUUUCCAGACAGGAACCAUCUGCUUUGGGAAAUGCUGUAGUAACCCACAGCCUGGAGUCAGUGUUGCAACAUGACUACGGAGGACCGAAUUUUAUAUCUUUGGUGAAACACAUCUCAGGUACAUGAUGAUACACCCACCACUGCGUGGCCUUUCCCUCAAGGCACUGUACAUACCCAGAUACUGGCUGGGUAGUGUGUUGCCCUGAACGAGGACCUCCUGGGGUCCUGCUGCCUUCGGUGCCCCUGAUGGCUGGGGCUGAGCGGAGGCCCCCCCCAGGUAUUAACACCCCCUCAGUGUGCCCCCCCCCGCCAUCAUUUGCACGG